AUGGGAUCGUGCGAUCCCAGCGGCUUUGAAGCCGAUCCCGUUCCCUUUCACUUUGCUGAGUUUAUUAGGACUUCUCUUCUCUUUAUCAUCAGGGUACCCACGCAUGCACUGCCGCUGCACUGGCAGCAGCAGCAGCAGCAGCAGCAGCAGCAGCAGCAGCAGCAGCAGCAGAAGGAGGAGGAGGAGAAGCAGCAGCGGGAACAGGAACUGGAAAAAGGGAAAACGGAGACGCCACAGGAGCAGCAGCAAUUGCAGCAGCAGCAGAUGCAGCAGCAGCAACUGCAGCAGCAGCAACUGCAGCAGCAGCAGCAGCAGCAGCAAAUGCAGCAGCAGCAAAUGCAGCAGCUAGAGAAAACAGAACAAUACAAAGAACAGAAAGGGCUAGUCAAGCAACAGCAAGACGACCCACAACUGCAACAGCAGCAGCAGCAGCAACAGCAGCAACAGGUGCAGCAACAGCAACAGCAGCAACAGCAGCAGCAGCAGCAGCAGCAGCAGCAGUUUCGUGGAGGUAAAGGGCUGGGCGCUCUGUGGGAAGAGGCUUUGGCCUGGCUGCCUCGUCAGGCACCAGCAGCAGCAGCAGCAGCAGCAGCACCUGCUGCUGCAGCAGCAGCAGCAGCAGCAGCAGACGCGCAGCAAACGACUGGUCUAGGAAGCAGCAGCAGCAGCUUUGUGGAGAAUCCAAUGCAGACAUUUUUGGUUGUUGUGGGCUGCGGCAUCUCCCUUGAACAUGACUGCAGCAGCAGCAGCAGCAGCAGCAGCAGCAGCAGCAGGGUGGGCUGCGGCAUCUCCCUUGAACAUGACUGCAGCAGCAGCAGCAGCAGCAGCAGCAGCAGCAGCAGCAGCAGCAGCAGCAGCAGCAGCAAUGGCAGCAACGGCAGCAGCAGCAGCUGCUGCAGCAGCGGAAGCAGCAGCGUGAGGAUUGAAUGCUUGGACUCUCUGCGAGGCAUUUGGAGGGUCGAUACGAAGUGUGACUGCGUGCUGAAGGCGACCCUUUGGUUUGGAACGUCUGCGGCAAUCCACCUGAAAUACCAACACACACAAAGGGAGGAGGAAACGCAGCAGCAGCAACAGCAGCAGCAGCAACAGCAGCAGCAGCAGCAGCAGCAGCAGAGAGCAGCAAAAACUUCGACUGCUGCUGCUGCUGCUGCUGCUGCCGGGAUCAAGAGGAGGAAACGCAGCAGCAGCAACAGCAGCAGCAACAGCAGCAGCAGCAGCAGCAGCAGCAGCAGCAGAGAGCAGCAAAAACUUCGAGUUGCUGCAGCAGCAGCAAAUAUACCCCAAUGGAAAAUAUCGACGCAGCAGGAGGAGGCGCUGCUGCCCCGCAUCCCGCUGCAGCUCGCACCCCACCUUCAGCAGCAGCUGCAGCAGCAGCAGCAGCAGCAGCAGCAGCAGCAGCAACAGCAGGAAGAUCAACUACAGCAGGAACAGCAAAAGCAGCAGCAGCAACACCAGCAGCAGAAGCAGCAUCCCGAACAACAGCAAAAAGAGCAGCAGCAGCAACAAGAGCAGCAGCAGCAGCAGCAGGAGCAGCAGGAUGAAGGGGAAGCAGCAGCAGCAGCAGCAGCAGCUCCCUGCUGCGGCAGCAGCACAUGCGGUGCCCCCCAGCUGCUGAUUGCUGCUGAUUGGGAGUUAGGGUCUCUCGUUGCUGCUGUACCCUCAAACAUUAAACCCCAGCGAAGGUUCUUUAGGUUGCAGCAGCAGCAGCAGCAGCAGCAGCAGCAGCAGCAGCAGCAGCAGGAGCAGGGGGAGAUGUCACUCUCAGAAAGGGUGGGUAAAGCGGCGCGGCUGCUGCUGCAGCAGUUGUACAGUCUUCGCUGCAGCAGCUGCAGCAGCAGCUGCAGCAGCAGCUGCAGCAACGGCUGCAGCAGCAGCAGCAACAGCAGCAGCAGCAGCAGCAGCGUGCUGGCUGGUGCUGUAUGCUGGGAAUCUCUGCGGUGUUUGCCUGUCUGGGUGUUAAUGUAUUUGGUCGAUUUGUUUGAAUGUUUGUAA